CCUUAAAUACCUUACUCCGACAACCACAAACAGCAGAAAUCACCAUAGGCAGUCACUGCAACAUGGCUUCUCUCAAAAUCCUAACUCCACUACUAAUACUGUCAGUACUUACAGUACUGACAGUGUAUGGCCAGUACCAGCCUACAUGGGAAUCUCUGGAUGCAAGACCACUUCCUGCUUGGUAUGAUGAUGCCAAAUUUGGAAUCUUCAUCCACUGGGGAAUCUUCGCGGUGCCAGGUCUAGGAUCAGAAUGGUUCUGGUACCUCUGGCAAGAGCAAAAGGUACCAGAAAUUGUUGAAUUCAUGAAGAAGAACUUUCGACCAGAUUGGACGUAUGCUGAUUUUGCUCCAAUGCUAACUGCAGAAUUCUUUGAUGCUGAUGAAUGGGCUAGAAUUUUGCAAACUUCAGGUGCCAAGUACACCGUGUUCGUGAGUAAACACUGCGAGGGUUUCUGUCACUGGCCAAGCAAUGUGUCCUUCAGCUGGAAUUCAAUGGUUGCUGGGCCCAAAAGAAAUAUUGUCGCUGAGUUGGCACAAGCGGUCCGCACCAAGACCGACUUAAGGUUCGGUCUGUACCAUGUGUUGUACGAAUGGUUCCACCCUCUCUAUCUCCAGGACAAAGAGAACAAUUUUACAACAAGGAGAUUUGUUGAUUUCAAGAUCAUGCCUGAGCUUUAUGAGAUUGUCAACACCUUCGAGCCUGACCUUGUGUGGUCUGACGGAGACUGGGAGGCCCCAGACACCUACUGGGGAUCCAGGGAAUUCUUGACAUGGCUUUAUAAUGACAGCCCAAUCAAGGACAAAGUAGUGACCAAUGACCGGUGGGGAAUUGGGUGUAAUUGUACCCAUGGUGGUGUCUAUACUUGUGGAGACAGAUACAACCCUGGUGUUCUGCAGAAGCACAAGUGGGUGAAUGCCAUGACAAUAGACAAGAAGUCCUGGGGGUUCCGACGUAAUGCCCCCCUGUCAGACUACCUGACUAUAGAGGAGCUUAUUGAGACUUUAGCUAGAACUGUCAGCUGUAACGGUAAUCUGCUCAUGAACAUUGGGCCAACUGCCUACGGUGUGGUCAGCCCCAUCUAUGAGGAGAGACUGAAGCAGAUGGGCGAGUGGCUCAAAAUUAAUGGUGAAGGCAUCUACGAAACACGACCCUGGACCUACCAGAAUGAAACUGUGAUACCCGAAAUAUGGUACACCUCGAAGACAUCGGGACAAGGUAAAGACAUCUACGCAACUGUUAUGAGCUGGCCCAACACAGGGGUCUUCCAGCUGACCCGGCCUAACCCCAGUGACAACACUGUGGUCACUCUAAUGGGGUACUCAGGUUCCUUCAGCUGGACAAGAGCUGCAGGUCAAGGCAUAAACAUCAACAUUCCCGCCAUUGCAGCCAACGCUAUGCCAUGCAAGUGGGCAUGGAUGUUCAAGAUCACCAAUGUUCAAAACUAAGGCAUCAUGAUUGUGCACCUUCCAGCUGUUUCUUAUUUGAAAAGACUUGUGAAUACUUGAAGAAGUUUUCUUAUAAGAAGUCUGAUGAUGAAAUAUCAUAUUGUGUAAAUGUGUUACUUUUGAAAAAGCAACAUGAGUUUUUUAUUCUUGUAAUAAAUGAUAGAUAUAA